UCGUCAAUUUCACCAAAAAAAAAAGUUUCCAAACCACACCUCUCCUCCGCACACAGCCAACUUCUUGCGCGCGAAACGCCAAAACCCUCACGACAUCCAGUCGACCAAACCAAUAUCUCCGACAAAUUCCUCCCCUUCCCAAUUUCAAUACCGCAAAAAUGACCGGCGGAGUCUCCGUUCGCGAUGUCGAUGCGCAGAAGUUCAUCGACGCGUACGCUAGCUUCUUGAAGCGGCAGGGCAAGCUGCCCAUUCCCGGUUGGGUCGACACCGUCAAGACCGGUCCCUCGCGCGAGCUUCCCCCCCAGAACAUCGACUGGUUCUACGUGCGCGCCGCCAGCGUCGCCCGCCACGUCUACCUACGCAAGACCGUCGGUGUCGGCCGUCUCCGCAAGGUCCACGGCACCGCCAAGAACCGCGGUACCCGCCCCUCCAAGCACGUCGACGGCUCCGGCUCCGUCGACCGCAAGAUCCUCCAGGCCCUCGAGAAGAUCGGUGUCCUCGAGCAGGAUGAGGAACAGGGUGGCCGACGUAUCACCCAGUCCGGCCAGCGAGAUCUGGACCGAAUUGCCCAGACUACUGCUGAGGCCGAGGAGGAAGAGGAGGAAGAGUAAAUGUUGAUACCAUGCGGGAAUGAUUCUACUACUACGGUCUAGGUAGCAAAGGUCUAUGGGGGCACGGCGUCUGAAAAUGGCUGAAUGAAUUGAUUUGGCGAACUUCGCUUUCGCACUUCCCCAUGGCACAUUAUUCGUCUCUAAUACGUGUG